AUGAGGAGUCGUCUCGCCCUGACGGGCUUUGUUUUUAUUUCAUUGGUUACGAUUCUAGAUGGUGUUGUAGUCCGGCUGGGAGAACCCACAAAAGCUUGCAAAGCGGAUUCGUUCAAAUGUGAAGACAAUCGGUGCAUUCCGAUGUCAUGGCGAUGUGACGGAGAUAUCGACUGUCAAAACGAAGAGGAUGAGAAGAACUGUCCCAGUAAGAAAAUCUUCUUUCAUUCUAUUUAUUACCAAACUGAAAAUUUUCAGAAACUUGUGUUUCAGUGCAAAAACGUUUCCUGUCAUGAAAACCAAUUCCAAUGCGAGGAGCUCACUGGCGAUUACAGCCUCUGUAUUCCAAAAACCUGGGUUUGUGAUGGCCAGAGAGAUUGCACCAACGGAAAAGACGAGUUGAACUGUACGGCGAAGGCGCAGAAGUGUCCCGAUAACAACUUCCAGUACGUUGUCUUUCAUUUCAAUCUUUCCCGAUGUGUUGACCUAAUUAUACCACUUAGAAAGAUCAAGAAAAUGUCUGUUCCAGGUGCAACAACGGUAACUGCAUCUUCAAAAACUGGGUGUCUGCUCACUGGACCAUCCCAUUGCAACGCUAGUGUAAAUCAAUGCCCGCCCGGAGAAAUGUGGAAGGUAAGAAGCAGUUGCGGCUCUGGUGAAUGUAUCCCACUGCGGUGGAAAUGUGAUUCUGAAGUCGACUGUAAGGAUCACUCCGAUGAAAGGAAUUGUAGUUCCGUUCAACACACUUGCAAGCUAGCGGAGGAAUUCGCCUGCAAAACAGUCAACAAGUGUAUCAGCAAAUCCUUCGUAUGUGAUGGAGAAUUUGAUUGCUCCGAUGGAACCGAUGAGGACGACUGUGAUGACCAACGUAAAGAAUGCAAAAAGGGAGAGUGGACUUGUCCCGCUACAUUCGGAGCAUAUGGCGCUGAAUCUGGUCUCGUUUUGUGUAUCCCGGAAACUCUUCGUUGCAAUGGAGAGGAGGAUUGUCCGGAUGGUGGAGAUGAGAAGAAUUGCAGUGCGGAAAAACCUGAAACUUGCAAAGAAGGAACCGAGUUCACAUGCCCAUCUACUCCGCUGCAAUGUCUAGAAAUGACCAAGUUGUGCACAAACUCACGAUUCGAUUGUGGAGAUGGAAACAUGUCUGUCUGUGAUCAGCAGAAACUCAUUGGACUCUGCAAGGCCGGAUCCGAUGGGUGCAUCUGUCGAAAAUCAUAUGUUAAAGGAAACGAUGUUUGUCACUGUAAAGAAGGAUACAAACUCGGAAACGGACAGUGCAUUGACAUCGUCGAAUGCGAAACUCCAGGAGUUUGUGAUCAGAUCUGUCUCAACACUCCCGGAUCGUACAGAUGCGCUUGCCACGCUGGAUAUCAAUUGAGUUACGGAGAUUCUUCAUCAGGAUCUCGACGCGUUGCCAACAGAUGCCGUGCCAUGGGUGGAGACCCAUUGGUCUUGCUCACCAACAGACAAUCCAUUAGACAGUUUGAUCUUGUCAAUAAGAUGUACUUUCCUGUUUCCUUGAAGCCAGGAUCUGCAGUCGCGAUGGAUUUCCAUAUCAAGAAUGGGACUCUUAUCUGGUCUGAUGUCAUAAAGAAGCAAAUCUUGAGUUGCACCAUUGGAAAUGUCACAGACUCGUAUCUCGGAACUGAAAUGUGCGACAAAAAGCACGAAGUCAUUCUCGAUGGAGAGAAGAUUCACACUCCCGAUGGUCUUGCUGUUGAUUGGAUCCACGACUUGCUCUUCUGGACGGACGGUGGACUUGAUCAGAUCAAUGUGCUUGAUAUGAAAACCAGAAAGCAGCGUGUACUCUUCUCGAAUGAUUUGGAAGAGCCUAGAGCUAUCGCUGUCGAUCCAGAGGUUGGGCUCAUUUUCUGGACUGAUUGGGGAAAGAACGCAAGAAUCGAGAGAUCUGGAAUGGAUGGUCAAAAUCGUGUCGUCAUUGCUGAUGGACACCGUGUCAUUUGGCCGAACGGCUUGGCGCUUGAUUACGUUGACAAGCGUGUCUACUGGGCUGAUGCGAAGAUCAAGUCGAUUUUCAGUUGUGAUUAUUGGGGAAAAGACGUUAAGACUGUUCUGCACUCUCAUCAGUUCCUUCGUCAUCCAUUCUCCAUGGCUGUCUUUGAGAACAGAUUGUUCUACACUGACUGGGAACACGAUGGAGUCAUCACUGUUAAUAAGUUCACCGGAAACGAUCUCCAAACUGUGAUGACUGAAGUGAAAUCCCCGAUGACAGUUCGCAUCUAUCACCAACAGGCUCAGCCACAUAUUGAAGAUAAGUGCUUCGAGUCCGCGUGUGAGCACCUUUGCCUCCCUCGUGCCGUCUACAAAGAAGCUUCUCGUGGUGCUGAGAAAGCCUUCAACGAUAGACCAUUCUCCUGUGCCUGUGAAGGAACUUCUGCUUCUGCAGCCUUGGAAUGUUUCGCUGAUCUCGAGAGCAAGUCUGGAUUCUCAAUGUUCACCAUCUUCUUGCUUCUGUGCGUCGGUGGAUUCGUUGCCGCUGGAUUCGUAAUGGUCCGUCGUAAGAUGGGAGCUCGUUCGUUCACGGCUCUCAAUUUCGAUAAUCCGAUCUAUCGCCGUACCACCGAGGAGGGUGAUCACCAGAUGGAAGACCCAUUCCGUGAUCCGUUUGCCGAACCUGCCAACAGAAGCAGCCGGAACGACGGGUUGCCGACGCUCGCUUCUGCUGACAACGAGACGCGAGCCGAUGCGUUGAGCUUCUAG